GCAGCUGCCGCUGCGGCUCCGGGAAGAUGGCUGCCCGGGCGGGUUUCCAAUCUGUGGCUCCGAGCGGCGGCGCCGGAGCCUCAGGCGGGGCGGGCGCGGCGGCUGCCCUGGGCCCGGGUGGAACCCCGGGGCCUCCCGUGCGAAUGGGCCCGGCGCCGGGUCAAGGGCUGUACCGCUCCCCGAUGCCAGGAGCGGCCUAUCCGAGACCAGGUAUGCUGCCAGGCAGCCGAAUGACACCUCAGGGACCUUCCAUGGGACCCCCUGGCUAUGGGGGGACUCCUUCAGUCCGACCUGGCCUGGCCCAGUCAGGGAUGGACCAGUCCCGCAAGAGGCCUGCGCCUCAGCAGAUCCAGCAGGCCCAACAGCAGGCGGUCCAAAACCGAAACCACAAUGCAAAGAAAAAGAAGAUGGCUGACAAAAUUCUACCUCAGAGGAUCCGCGAGCUGGUUCCAGAGUCCCAGGCCUAUAUGGAUCUCUUGGCUUUUGAAAGGAAGCUGGACCAGACCAUCAUGAGGAAACGGCUGGAUAUCCAGGAGGCCUUGAAACGGCCCAUCAAGCAAAAACGGAAGCUGCGAAUUUUCAUUUCGAACACCUUCAACCCGGCUAAGUCAGAUGCCGAGGACGGGGAAGGCACGGUGGCUUCCUGGGAGCUUCGGGUAGAAGGACGGCUCCUGGAGGACUCAGCCUUGUCCAAAUACGACGCCACCAAACAAAAGAGGAAGUUCUCUUCCUUUUUCAAGUCCUUGGUGAUUGAACUGGACAAAGAUCUGUAUGGGCCAGACAACCACCUGGUAGAAUGGCACAGGACUGCCACCACCCAGGAGACCGAUGGCUUCCAGGUGAAGCGGCCUGGCGACGUGAAUGUGCGGUGUACGGUUCUGCUGAUGCUGGAUUAUCAGCCUCCCCAGUUUAAAUUGGACCCUCGCCUGGCUCGGCUCUUGGGCAUCCACACCCAGACCCGUCCAGUGAUCAUCCAAGCGCUGUGGCAGUAUAUUAAGACACAUAAGCUCCAGGACCCGCAUGAGCGGGAGUUUGUCAUCUGUGACAAGUACCUCCAGCAGAUCUUUGAGUCUCAACGCAUGAAGUUUUCAGAGAUCCCUCAGCGGCUCCACGCCUUGCUCAUGCCACCGGAGCCCAUCAUCAUUAACCACGUCAUUAGCGUUGACCCGAACGAUCAGAAGAAGACAGCCUGUUACGACAUUGACGUGGAGGUGGAUGACACCUUGAAGACUCAGAUGAAUUCUUUCCUGCUGUCCACUGCCAGCCAGCAGGAGAUCGCGACCCUGGACAAUAAGAUCCAUGAGACGAUAGAAACCAUCAACCAGCUGAAGACGCAGCGAGAGUUCAUGCUGAGCUUUGCCAGAGACCCCCAGGGUUUCAUCAAUGACUGGCUUCAGUCCCAGUGCCGAGACCUCAAGACCAUGACCGACGUGGUGGGUAACCCAGAGGAGGAGCGCCGAGCCGAGUUCUACUUCCAGCCCUGGGCUCAGGAGGCUGUGUGCCGCUACUUCUACUCCAAGGUGCAGCAGAGACGACAAGAAUUAGAGCAAGCCCUGGGAAUCCGAAAUACAUAGGGCCUCCCCCACAGCCCGACUCGGCUGCACCUGUUCUUUAUCUGGGCCCCGUGCUGCCUGCCUCAUAGCACCUGCCUUGGUCUGCUUGGGGCCUUCCAGGGGAUGCUGUUGGCUCAAGGACAACACCAGAACUAAGAGGGUGUCGCGUUGCCGUCUCACAAGACACCUGUUACCCUCUUCUCGCACCCCGUCUCUCCCCACCCCACAGACUUCCCGUGUGCCUCUCCCCUCCCUUGGUCUACGCAGGACCUCUAGAUAGUGUUAGAGAGAGAACCUGUAGUGGUAAUCAGUGCUCUGAAUGGACUGGUGGUCUGCAAGGGGACCAGCCGCGUACACUGAUCCCACCCCUCAGAGACCCAGGAGCGGGGGCAUCGCCCCCUCUCCCAGACUCAGGCCUGAGGGCACUCUAUAAGCUAGUUGACCUUGACUGUCCUGAUCAGACUCCAGUUUCCUAACCCCGCCCCCUCCCUCCACAGGUUUGGAGCAAACUCUCCCCUCACUUGCCCGUAGCACUACAGGAGCCCCGGCUGUGGGGCUCCCCGGGCGCCUGGGCAGUGCCCAGCGCACUGGCUCGGCCGCUGCUUCAGUACUUCCCUUAUGCCCGCGGGGGGUGCGCGUCAGUAUUGGGGUUUGCUCUGUAACUGUGGCUCCCUCCCCGCACACCCUCUUGGCUGCCCUUUUGGGGACACCCCUUGCGCCUGCCCCAAGCCGGGGCGUUUGUCUGGGGUCUUGCCUUUUCCCUGUGCGAGCCCCAGGGGUCCAGUCCGGGGCGCUGUGCUCGCCAGCAGGGGCUGUCCUUGCUGCUGUGGCUUGGAGGGGUGACUCAUUCUCUCCACCCCGCCCCCCCCCCCCCCCAUCCCUUAAUGGAGAAACAGGCCUGAAAUCAAACGGGUAAGAGCCCUGGGCUGUCCCGUCUUCCUGUCCCUUGUCUGCCCAGUUGACACCCACUGGUGGCUUCUAGGGCACUGAGGAGUGAAAGCGCCUAGGGCUGGAGCGUGGCUCCGAGUUGGGUUUGUGACUUCUGCUCCCCGGCCCCUGCCCCCAAAGCUUCAGACCCCUCAGGUAGCUACAGGACCUUGUGACCGUGGCCCUGCUUGGAGCUGAGAUGAUUUUUGCAUCUUGCCCAGGGGAGCCUCGGAUUCUUCUUCCAGGUUGUAUCACCCCCGAGUUAGCAUAUCCCGGGCUCGCAGACAAUACAGCUGGGUGGGAGACAGCUGGGCACCGAGGGGGAUUCCGUUCAGCAUGGGCUUGACACCCACAGAACUGACAAAGCCCCUGCUUCCCCACCCCCUCCUCAGGCUCCUGCGAGCACAUCCCCAGCCCCUUGUCCCUGCCCGUCCUGCACUGGGGACAGCUGAAUCCCCACCCCCACCAUCACCUCCCUUCCUCCCUCGAAAGGCUCUCCCCGCAGUGACACUGGACAGCUUUGGAGCCGCUGAGCCCUGGCCCAGCUCCUGGCUGGACCCAUGGGAAGGAAGUUCAGCACUCCUGCCCUGUGUCCCUGUCGAAGAUAACUGUUUUUAUUAACUGAAUUGUGAUGUUUGUUUUUGGUUUUUUUUUUUUUUUUUUUUCAUGGACCAAACUUUUUUUUGUACUGUCUCCUUAUUGAUGUCACCCCGUUUUAAUAAAAGGAUCUUCUGAA